GCCGAACCAUCCAUCUCCGCUGUUGAGCCCGAUUGCACCGGGCGCACGGCCGCGGUGGACGCAGACGCGUCAUAGGACUCAAAUAAUACGCUGCGCGGGGCUAUUGCGGCUUUCCGCGCUCAAACGCGCCGCGUAUAACGCUGUAGCCGUGCCAGGAGCACCAGCGCUGCAAUACGCAUCGCGCGCCGGCGCUGCGCCACAAACGCCACGCGCGCUGCGCUGCGCCGCGUACUACACUACAAACGCACCGCGCGCGGCGGCGCGCAACAAAAAAGGAUGGACAAAUUCACCCACAAGAUGCGCCCGCCCCUCAAAAAGAAGGCCAAGGUCUCCGUCGCGGACCUCAUGCGCCGCGGCGCCGAGAAGAAGCGGCCGCUCGGCGCGAACCGCGAGGAGACGCACCUCAUGGGCUCGCUCGGCGCGUCGCAGUUGCAAAGGAUCGACGCGCGCAUCCGCAAGACCAAGGCAAAACUGAGCGACGAGCAGCUCGACGUCGUCGCGAAAGCUAGGGAGGGCACGUCGUGCUUCAUCACCGGGUCCGCGGUUCCAACCGGCGUCCAUCCUCGAAGAGAGAGAGCUCCGCCGCAUGCUUUGCCCGAGAUACGUGCGAUGUAUGUCGCGGCCAGUCGCGGAGCGAGAGCAAGAGAGGGCUAUGAAUGCCAAAACGGCGUCCGUGGCCGCACACUCAUUUUGUAAAACGCAGGGCACGGGCAAGUCCUUCGCGCUCAAGGAGGCGAUACGGGCGGCGAAGCGCGUCGGCCGCCGCGUCUUCGUGACGGCCUCGACGGGCGCCGCGGCCACGCAGAUCGGCGGCCAAACGAUCCACGCCUUCGCGGGCGUCGGCCACGCCGGUGAAAGUGCCGCGGACUUGGCUAGACAUGUGGCCUCAUCUUAUAAAGCGAAGAAGCGCUGGCUCGCGUGUGAAACGUUGGUCAUCGACGAGAUCAGUAUGUUGGAUGCGUCGACGUUUGAUAAAUUGGAUCACGUCGCUCGAUAUGUUAGGGGCAAUGACAAGCCCUUCGGUGGCGUUCAACUAUUAUGUUGCGGGGAUUUUCUCCAAUUGCCGCCCGUGUCCGCGCGGGGAGGCUUUGCGUUCGAGGCCAAGUGCUGGCGCCGCUGCUUCCCGGAGCAGCGGGCCUUGACGCGCGUGUUUCGGCAGAGCGGGGACGACACCUUUUUACAAAUACUGGGAGAGUUGCGAAUAGCCAAGCUGUCGAACAAGAGCGCCGCGUUGCUUCGAAGGUUGAAGCACACCGAUUUAUCUGAGUGGACGUCGCGCGGCAUCGAGCCGACACGCUUGCAGUGCUACAACGCGGACGUCGAUUCUAUCAAUGACGCUCGACUGAAAGCUUUGAAGACGGCCCCGGAACACCUUAGUUGUGUGGACAAGGGCGACGGCGAGCGCUACGCGCGGCACCACCCCUACGCUGCAACUCUAAAACUGAAGAUCGGCGCGCAAGUCAUGCUCCUGUCGAAUCUGGACGUAUCAGCCGGUCUCGCGAACGGCGCUAGAGGUGUCGUCGAGGAAUUUGUACGAGCGCCGUCUCGAUCGGUCGACGGCGUUGUGGUAAGGUGGGCGUCGGGCAAAACCACCACCGUAGACCGGGACGCGAAGACCGUGGAAGAGGGCGGGCGCGAGGUGUUCUCGAGGUCGCAGUUCCCUUUACGAUUAGCCUGGGCCGUGACGAUCCACAAGGCCCAGGGCCAGACGCUGGAUCUGUUGGAGGUGGAUUUGAGAGGGUGUAGGGAGUUCGGCCAGGCGUACGUGGCGGUGUCGCGGGCGACGGCGAUGAAGAAGCUGCGCGUGCUGAACUUCGACCCGAGCGUGGUGCGGGCGCAUCCGAGAGCGGUGGAGUACGUCGACCGGUUGUUAUCUCGUGAUCCGCGCGCGGUCUACGAGGACGAGGCGGCGGCGAACCCGGUGUUCGCGCCGGCGAACGACGACGGCUGGAUCUCAACCAAAAAAAAGACGCCGCCGGCCGCGCCGCCGCCGCGGCGCGGGCCGCCGCAGCCCGUGCAGCGCGGGCCGCCGGCCGUGGCGCCCCGCGCCGGGCCGCCGGCCCCGAAGCGCGCGGCGCCGCCGGCCGCGAAGCGCGCCGGGCCGCCGGCCCCGAAGCGCUCGGCGCCGGCGCCGGCGCCGCGCCCGGCGAAGCGACCCGCGCCGGCGGCGCCGCGGAUUACGCCGUCGCCGGCUCCGCCCGCGCGGCGGCCGACGCCGCGCGAGCUCGGGACCAAUCCCCGCGCGCUCGGGACCAACCCGCGCGCGCUCGCGGCGCGGUCGCAACCGCCGCCGCCGCCGCCCGCGCGCCAGACGAUACCGGGCAAACGGGUGAUGCUCGUGGGCGUCCUCACGCAGUCGCGGCCGCGGGCGUCGUCGCGCGUCGCGGCCGCCGGCGGCACCGUCGCGAAGACCGUCGACGAGAGCGUGUCCUACGUGGUCCUCGGCGACACCAUGGCCGACGGGCGGCCCGUCGAGUGCUCCGCGUCCUACCAGAACGCGCAGCGCCUCGGCAUCAAGUGUCUCUCGGAGCAGGAGUUCUUCGCGAUGCUCUAGUGUGUCCCUGCCCUCGCCCGACAAGCGGGCCUCUCACCU